ACCACUAGCGGCAACUACCAAAAAAUAGCGGACUUUCGUGAAUCUAAGUGAACAAUUGCAAAAAUUCUUAAUUUCAGACGACGAGCACAUAAAUAAGCACACAAAAUGCCUCGAAUUAUGAUAAAGGGCGGCGUGUGGCGCAACACGGAGGAUGAGAUCCUCAAGGCGGCGGUGAUGAAAUAUGGCAAAAACCAGUGGAGCCGCAUUGCCUCCCUGCUGCACAGGAAGUCGGCCAAGCAAUGCAAGGCCAGGUGGUACGAGUGGCUGGAUCCCAGCAUCAAGAAGACCGAAUGGUCGCGCGAGGAGGACGAGAAGCUGCUCCACUUGGCCAAGCUGAUGCCCACGCAGUGGCGCACCAUUGCCCCGAUAAUCGGGAGAACGGCAGCCCAGUGCCUGGAGCGCUACGAGUACUUGCUCGAUCAGGCGCAACGCAAGGAGGAUGGCGAGGACACCAUGGACGAUCCGCGCAAGCUGAAGCCCGGCGAGAUCGACCCCAAUCCAGAGACGAAGCCGGCGCGACCCGACCCCAAGGACAUGGACGAGGACGAGCUGGAGAUGCUGUCCGAGGCACGCGCCCGCCUGGCCAACACGCAGGGCAAGAAGGCGAAGCGCAAGGCGCGCGAGAAGCAGCUGGAGGAGGCCCGCCGCCUGGCCACGCUCCAGAAGCGACGGGAGCUGCGUGCCGCCGGUAUUGGCAGCGGGAACCGCAAGCGCAUCAAGGGCAUCGACUACAACGCGGAGAUUCCCUUCGAGAAGCGGCCCGCCCUGGGCUUCUACGACACCUCCGAGGAGCACCUGCAGAAGAACGAGCCGGACUUCAACAAGAUGCGGCAGCAGGACCUGGACGGAGAGCUCCGCUCCGAGAAGGAGGAGCGCGAGCGCAAGCGCGACAAGCAGAAGCUGAAGCAGCGCAAGGAGAACGAGGUGCCCACGGCCAUGCUGCAGAACAUGGAGCCGGAGCGGAAGCGCUCCAAACUCGUUCUGCCCACGCCGCAGAUCUCGGACAUGGAGCUGCAGCAGGUGGUCAAGCUGGGCCGCGCCAGCGAGAUGGCCAAGGAGAUAGCCGGCGAGAGCGGGAUCGAAACGACGGACGCCCUGCUGGCCGACUACUCCAUCACGCCCCAGGUGGCGGCCACUCCGCGGACCCCGGCCCCGUACACGGACCGCAUCAUGCAGGAGGCCCAGAACAUGAUGGCCCUCACCCACACGGAGACGCCGCUCAAGGGCGGCCUCAACACGCCGCUGCACGAGUCCGACUUCUCCGGCGUGCUGCCCAAGGCGGCGGCCAUAGCCACGCCAAACACGGUGAUUGCCACGCCGUUCAGGACUCAGCGCGAGGGCGGAGCAGCCACUCCCGGCGGCUUCCUGACGCCCUCCUCGGGCGCCCUGGUUCCGGUGAAGGGUGCUGCGGGAGCCACCCAAAAUACCCCCGCCUACGUGCGGGACAAGCUGAGCAUCAACCCCGAGGAGAGCAUGGGCGUCACCGAGACCCCCGCCCUGUACAAGAACUACCAGAAGCAGCUGAAGUCCACUCUGCGCGAGGGGCUGUCCACGCUGCCCGCUCCCAGGAACGACUACGAGAUCGUGGUGCCCGAGCAGGAGGACAGCGAGGCGAUGGAGACCAGCUCGGAGCCGGCUGUCGAGGACCAGGCGGACGUGGACGCCCGGCUGCUGGCCGAGCAGGAGGCGCGCCGCAAGCGGGAGCUGGAGAAGCGCUCGCAGGUGAUCCAGCGCAGCCUGCCGCGCCCCACGGAGGUGAACACCAAGAUCCUGCGCCCGCAGUCCGAGAAGCAGAACCUCACGGAGCAGCAGCAAGCCGAGGAGCUGAUCAAGCACGAGAUGAUCACCAUGCAGCUUUACGACUCUGUAAAGGAUCCGGUGCCGGGACAGUCGCAGCACAAGCUGGAGCAGCUGCAGAGCUACUUCAAGGCGAACCCCUACGAGGACAUCUCGCAGCAGGAGCUGGCCAGGGCCAAGCAGAUGCUCGCCGAGGAGAUGGAGGUGGUGAAGGAGCGCAUGUCACACGGCGAGCUGCCCCUCGACGUCUACGCCCAGGUGUGGCAGGAGUGCCUCGGCCAGGUGCUCUACCUGCCCUCGCAGCACCGCUACACCCGCGCCAACCUGGCCAGCAAGAAGGACCGGCUGGAGUCGGCCGAGAAGCGGCUGGAGACGAACCGCCGCCACAUGGCGAAGGAGGCCAAGCGGUGCGGCAAGAUCGAGAAGAAGCUCAAGAUCCUCACCGGCGGCUACCAGGCGCGCGCCCAGGUGCUGAUCAAGCAGCUGCAGGACACCUACGGCCAGAUUGAGCAGAACUCCGUCUCGCUGUCCACGUUCCGCUUCCUGGGCGAGCAGGAGGCCAUCGCGGUGCCGCGCCGCCUCGAGUCGCUGCAGGAGGACGUGCGCCGGCAGAUGGACCGCGAGAAGGAGCUGCAGCAGAAGUACGCCAGCCUGGUGGAGGAGCGCGAGUCCCUCUACUCGCAGAUCGAGCAGAUAACGGGCGUGAGGCCCACGGCCCAGCAGCUCCUGCCCGAGCGGGAAACAUAGAAUAUAAUCCUAAUCCGCGAUUUAAACACUCAAGUCAGCUCUAAUUUAGAAUAAAAUAUCACACAGAAUACCUAACCGAA